GGAAAUUGUGCUUAACUUCACCUAACAACAAGAGCAGAAAUAGUAUCGGUAUUUCCAAUAGGCUGAUACCGUUUCAAAAUUAACAUAUCAAUAAAUAAUUAUAAUUGAAUUUGCAUUUAUUUUUAUUAUUGCUUGAGAACAGUAAUUGUAAUUGUUGCGCAUGGUGGAAAAGCCCAACAAGUGGAAGUUAUUGUGAUAAAAUAAAUUUAUAAAAUAUUUCUAUUAUUGACGACAUCACUUCAUCAUAGUCACCAUAGGUCUUGCAGAGACAGCUGUAUUGGAUAUAAUGGCUGCUAAUCUACAGCAGCAACGGAUCAUUAAUCACCAGUUGAGGCGUGAAGUAGACGUACCACGGAUGCAGGUAUCCGAAGCAUGUUUGCUCAUAAUGAAGUACAUAUCGGACCAUGAAAGUGAUGAUUGCCUACUUAAUGGUUUCACUAGCCAGAAAGUCAAUCCAUUUAGAGAGAAAGCUUCCUGUGCAAUUUUGUAAGCUAGCCUAACACUAAAAGCAAUUAUGUAGCUCUAAUCUAAAGUAUUAUAUUUUUAUGUAUAUAUAUAAUAUAUAUAUAACAUAUGUUUAUCAUUUAUAGCAAAACAUAUAUUAUAAUAAUUUUUUUUUAACUGUGUGCAAUGAUAAACACUAGACUUUUUAUAAAGUAACUAUAACGAUAUAAAUACAUACAUAUAUAUACAUAUACAUAUAAGAAAUUAGCCAAAAUAUCUAUUACUGAAAUGUUAAAGUAUUACUAAAAUUUAGACAUAUUUAUUGAUAUAUUAACAAAU